GAUUGCUUGAGACAGCCAUGCAUCAUCUAGCUCCGCUCUGGUCAUGAACUUGUCACGCACUAUCCUGCACAAAAGCACAACUUACCUGUUGACAGUGUUGUCUUACAUCUGCCUCUCGGACUAGAACACGUGUGGACAUUACCUUUGGUCGGAGAUGAACUUGCUCUAGCAGCCUCGUUAAGGUUCCCAAGGCUUCUCAGCUAAACACCUAUCACCUCAGUCUAUUUAACGUUCCAGGUCCUUGCUUGAAACUAUCCUGUGGCCGCAGUGGACUAUUCUCCUGUGAAGAUGAGCAGCUCGACCAUCGGUCCAUCAGAAUACUCUUCUGGCGAUGUCGGACCAUGCUCUUCUCAACAACGACACAGCACGGCAACAGCCUCGUCUCGGGAAGUUACAUCCUGCAAAAUCCAGCUACAGUCUUGAGGAUGUUCGAAACGCGCUUCAACAUGUCAUGGACAUGCAAGAAAAGCUUGCCAAAUCCAGAGAAGGGCUGGUCAUAGAACGCGAGAGGAUACGAACAUUUGGUAGUAGGGUACGCAAGAAACGUGUGGAGGCCGGCGAUACAGAGGCUACAUUCAUGAGCAGUCUACGCAGUUUCAUCAACGAUGUCCACAAUAAGGUCCCCAUGGAGUUGCCCAAAUCGCUGUUCGAUGCUUACAACAAAGUGGAAAGGAUACGCAACGAGCUUGGAGCCUUAGAAGAGGAGUUUUUACAAGCAGAACGCAACCUAGCCGGCGCUGAAUGGACGUUCAUGGACAAGGAAAAUGAUUUUUAUCAGUUUGAACUGCUGGAUGCUCUCGAAGAGGCCUUACCUGAAAGCAACCUGGACCCGUGUGGCGACGAUGAGCAAGAAGUCAAGCAUACUAUGACUGUCUCUCCGGAGCUUUUAUCGCCUACGGCACCGCCAGUGCCUUCGCCUCCCCAUGCCGAAUUGGCGUCUACGAAAAAUCUAAAUGACCUCCUACUUGAGCAUUUACUGCCACCAUCAUCGCCACCAGAAACGUCUUUUCAUCCGGCCACGAUAGACUUACAAGUGGCUCGAUUGCUGUCAGCACCUAGUUCUCCUCCUCCACCGGCGCCACCACCACCACCACAUGUGGUAUUACAACCUCCUUACCCAGAGCCUUGCACACCGCAGAGCUCAGACGACCGGGACCAUGACAUUGUAACGGCAGAGCUUGAAAUACUUCGAAGGACUUUCGCCUCAUUACGACAAUCGCGCGCGGACCAAAUACACAGAAUGGACGACGAUUAUGUUCUGGCAGACGAAAUACCUGGAAUCUCUACACGGGAUAUGAUGGAUGAGAUUGAGGAGAGACCAUACUUUGAUAUGUUACAACAAAUAUCUUGUCACGAGGUUGAGGCCCAGCGGCUUGAGCACAAGGCUAUGUUUCGUGAAAUGCAAAUUGGCCUUGCUAUACCCAGACGCUGUUCGGAUCCAAUUCACUCUGCAAAUGCUGCACCCACGCCAUCAAUUUUCAUGGACAAAGCGCUCACUGAAACCGCACUUCCGAUGCUUUCCAACGACCCAGAGAUCAAGAAUCGUUUGCGAGCAUGGCUUUUCGCAAGGCUCAAAGAAGACCCGCUACAAAGGACGAUGUACCGAAACAUACUCGUACACCACGGGUUGGAGAGUCCCAUCGACGAGACCUGGGAAGAAAGAGCCUCUCACUACUGGGAUAUCGACAAUGCAAGCGAAUACGAGACGCAGUUUGACGAUGAUGACGGUGAUGGCGACGGUGACGGCAACAUAUUGACACGCGCUACGUCUCACGAGUCAGGUGUUGACGAAAGCUCAAUGCCGUUCACGGAGUUCGAGGGAUACCAACCUCAUCUCUUAGGUACCCCCCACCACCUGGCUGUGAAAAAUCACGGUGGAUCGAACAUCACACAACCUAGAUCAAUGUUGUUGCCGUCACCGACGAGAUUAUCGAGCCCUCUGCACCCUUCCUCGGCGCUGGCUAGCCACGCCAAUUUGACUGGCGCCCACGUAUUCAGCGCGAGUACCUCAAACCGUAACGAAGAGUAUUCAGUGAAUCUGGUCGGCAAACAGCACCCAAAAUCUGAUGCAGAGAGCAGUCAGCAUUUAGAGCAGGAUGGCGUAACGCAAGGUUUGCCAGACAAGACAAAACCAGAAGAUGAGUGCAAGGCGGAAGAUGCUUUUGAUCGUAGUAUUGGGCACAAGAGGGAUACUACGCGUGAUAUCUUAUGCCAGCGUCAUCAGCAGCUAGAAGAUCGUCUUCUCGACCAGCAGGCACAACCAAAGUCUUCCUCGGGAAUCGAUAUUCCCACCAUUGUGACCACAGAUGCGGAUGAAGGCUUAGCGAAGCCAAACAACAUCGAACUCUCAGAUGGUCAGCCGCAAACGGCAACUGCGCAGCUGCAAGAAAAACGCAAUCAAACACUGGGCAAUCUGUCUUGCAAAAGCCCGUGGUCUCAGUUGGCUAUGAUCAACAUCAAGCAAACAUCGAGACCAAAGUCCGAGUACGGAGAAGAGAAACUAGCACAAGGGCGCCGUGAACGAUUGAGCGAUAUCCUUUCGAAUUUCCGUCAUCAUAGUCGCACCCACAGUGCCUCCCACGUUUUCGGAAGCCGCGAUACAAAUUACGACAUAGGGAGAAAGUGGAGAGACUGAUGGGCUACUUCACAUCGAAUGCUGAUGGAAAUUGAAGCAACUCAAAUGUGUUUGUUCCCAGCCAUCAUUUUCUCAAGGCUGCAGUAUUUUGUUCAGCGAGGCUGGACAAAUUGUUCUUGUAAGAUGUCACGCGAAACUCUGGGUCUUAAAGAAGGGUUCGUAGGUCACUCUACAGUACGUGUAUUUAGCGCCGCGAUGACUCAGUUCCUGCCAAUU